CUUAACUCGUCUCUUGCGAAACGAACGACACGUGUGUGAAAGAAAAAAAAUUAAAAAAAGCGACAAUAUGGCCAAUCGUCAGAACAAGGGAACUUUGUCUAAUCAUUCCUCCCCUGAAAAGGAGAAUGCCUGCAAUGGUGUCGAUGAGCCCGAGGGUCGCAAGACCUUCAGCUCGCCCGAUAAUUCCAAGAAAAGGGUUUUAUCCGAAAUGAACGAGAUCAAUGCCAGUAACUUGGCUCAGAGCAAGAUGAUGCAGGAGAGGGCCGCACGCGAGAAGGCCAAGCGGGAGAAGAUCGAGCUGGAGCUGGCCACGAAAGAGGAGGCCAAGCUAGAAGAGGCGGAGAAAGAAGAAGACGAGAAAGAAGAGGCUGGGCCAGAAAAGGCCGAAGAAGAAACUGCUGAAAAAGAAGAGGCUGAUCAGGAAGAGGAGGCUAAUCUGGAAGAGCCGGCUGACCAGGAGGAUCUUGCUGAGCUAGAGGAGUAUGAUGAGGAGGAGCCUGAUGAGAAGGAGGAUAAUCAGCCAGAAUGUAUUGACGGAGAGAAGUACGAGACGGAUCUGGAUGAGCUGGACUAAAGCUUCGAUUUCAUUUCAAAAUCAAAUAAGACCAAGGAGGCUUGAUAUAUGUAAUCCAAAUUAAUCAAGGAAUCUACAGUCUUCAUAUCAGCCACACAAACACUUGCAAAAAAUACUUGACACACUUUCAUUAACAAAUUUUUAUCAAUAAAUUAACCCCACUUUAAACUUUAUAUAAAAAAGUGCCAAUUGAA